GCGACUUCGGCCCCGUGAGCAUUGGGAAAUCUACCCCGCGCCAUGCGGAGAUAGCGUGGCACCCCGGAGACACCGAACGACAUCCGAUCAGUGCCAUUCAUCAUGCAUCAGCAACGACGACGUAUGUAAGGUCUGCCAGCGCCAACGUACUCGUGGCUUGACAUCCUCACGCCCUCUUCUCUCCCUCCAUAGCAUUGUCAUCGACCCUGCCUCGAAAUCCGGCGAUGGCCUCGCUCCUCGAGCUCUCGCACGAGCUUCUCCAUUGCAUCUUCACUGAGAUCGAGCCAGCCGACCUCUCAUCCCUCUCACAGAGCUGUCGAGCAGUGCACAGCUACAUCAGCGGAAACAGACUGCUUCACAGAGACCUCUACGUGCGGCGAUAUGAUGAGCCAGAAGCCGGCAAGAACGAGCCAGAUUGGGAGGACUUGGUACACCGCCGGGUGAAGCUCGAGAAGCUCCUCGACACGGACGAUAGAGAUGUCAAACGGCAAAACCUCGAUUACAUUGCACGAGAGAUCAACAGCUUGGUAGAAUCAGCAGAUAAAGACCAGGAAGAGAGCAAGAAUGUUCAACUUCUGAGUGACAGCUUCAUGUCGACAGAUAACAUCGACACGCUUCUGUGCGGGUCAUCGCUCUUCGCGCCAGGGCGAGCUGGAGAUAGUGACCAGAUACAGGCAGAGACUCCAGAGCUUCGCCAAGCGAGUGCAAAGCUACAUUGUCUGUAUGGUGUUCCGGUGGACACUGUCCCUUCGCGCUCGUCCUUCUAUUCAAUGAUUCGACAUCACCGAGCAGGUCUAGCUUUGUCUCCAUCAUUGUGUACACGCUCACAAGUCAGCUCGCGGAGCACGCAUCAGUUCGCGCGCAGUAAAGUCUAUGAUCUGCGCGAGUACACAGACGAGACUCUUUGGGGACCCUUCAGAAAAGAUGGCUCCCAGCGGGUCGAUUGGGAAAAGGUCGAAGCUGUGAUGAUUGUGCUUGGGUUCAACCUCCGGCGAUUCACAGAUCGGAGCGACGGCAGAUUUCCAUUGAUCUGGAAACAUCCGUUUGUAGGUGCGACUCCAGGAUCGUACAAGUCCCCGCCGCGGAUCGCUCCGCCUGAGAAGAAGGACUUCGAUGAGGACGCAGGAGUAAUCCGAGACCUUGCGCUCAGCCUGGACGCAAUGGACCCAUAUGGCGUGACGGGCUCUUGGAUGCGGGUGGUCUGCUUUCUCGACUACAAUGACCUCUAUGCCUUCAAUUUCAGCGAGCGCAUACCCGAGGACCAAUUACGAGAGCCGAUCGAUACUGAAGAAGCUAUCAGACUGAUUCGCGUCAAGUUGCAAGUCACACGUAUCGACCCGCCCGGGAAUACUCGGCCACGAAGUAGCUCAGGAAAUUUCGAUGGCGAUGAGACAGAAGACGAAGAAGACGAGGGGCUUGACUGGAGCAAUUUCCAAGGAGAGAGGCUUCCCAUUGUGCAUUUCCGUGGCACUAGUAGGAGCCUCCACGCAAGCUGGGAUCCGAACGCUAAUAGUAGGAUCCGAGGAACCGUCCGCCAGACACCCGAGGGCGAGAUCCGAUGGACGACCUUCUCCAUAUUCCAUGGCGAGGAGCGCUGGAGAAGUGAAGGCAUUCAGGUGGGCGGAUUGAGAUCUGCGAGAGGGGUGCUCGGCAACUGGUUCGAUAAGGACUUCGAUAUGCACGGCCCUGCAGGGCCAACGGCAUUCUGGAAAGAAAGCGAUGAGCUCGAAGAAGAGAAGUCGUCCAGUAUGCCCAUGUCGUAUUUCUGA